AUGACUGGCAAGGCUUUCAGCAGAUUGUCCGAUGGAAGUGUCACUUAUCUGACACUAAUGUACACUUUGGAACAUCGUCAGAUGCCACCCCCAUCAGUGCCACCCCCAUCAGUGCCACUCCCCUCAGUGCCACCCCCAUCAGUGCCACCCCCAUCAGUGCCACUCCCUCAGUGCCAUUCCCCCCAGUGCCACCCCUCAGUGCAUUCCCCUCAGUGCCACUCCCCAUCAGUGCCACCCCAUCAGUGCCACCCCAUCAGUGCCACCCCCAUCAGUGCCACCCCCACAUUCCCCUCAGUGCCACCCCCAGCUCAGUGCCACCCCAUCCACCCUCAGUGCCACUCCCUCAGUGCCACUCCCUCAGUGCCACCCCAUCAGUUCCCCUCAGUGCCACCCCAUCAGUGCCACUCCCCUCAGUGCCACCCCAUCAGUGCAGUGCCACCCCCAUCAGUGCCACCCAUCAGUGCCACCCCCAAUCAGUGCCACUCCCUCAGUGCCACUCCCCUCAGUGCCACUCCCCUCAGUGCCACCAUCAGUGCCACCCCAUCAGUGCAGUGCCACCCAUCAGUGCCACCCCCAUCAGUGCCACUCCCCUCAGUGCCACCCCCAUCAGUGCCACUCCCCUCAAGUGCCACCCCCAUCAGUGCCACUCCCUCAGUGCCACCCCCAUCAGUGCCACUCCCUCAGUGCCACCCCAUCAGUCCCCUCAGUGCCACUCCCCUCAGUGCCACCCCCUCAGUGGCAUCAGUGCCAUCAGUGCCAUCAGUGCCACCCCAUCAGUGCCACUCCCCUCAGUGCCACUCCCCUCAGUGCCACCCCCAUCAGUGCCACUCCCCUCAGUGCCACCCUCAUCUGUGCCAUUCCCCUCAGUGCCAUCCCCAUCAGUGCCUUUCCCCUCAGUGCCACCCCCAUCAGUGCCACUCCCCUCAGUGCCACCCCAUCAGUGCCACUCCCCAGUGCCACCCUCAUCUGUGCCAUUCCCCUCAGUGCCAUCCCCUCAGUGCCAUCCCCAUCAGUGUCAUUCCCCUCAGUGCCACUCCCCUCAGUGCCACCCCCCAUCAGUGCCACUCCCCUCAGUGCCACCCCCAUCAGUGCCACUCCCCUCAGUGCCAUUCCCCUCAGUGCCACCCUCAUCUGUGCCAUUCCCCUCAGUGCCAUCCCCAUCAGUGCCAUUCCCCUCAGUGCCAUCCCCUCAGUGCCACCCCCAUCAGUGUCACCCCCAUCAGUGCCACUCCCCUCAGUGCCACCCUCAUCUGUGCCAUUCCCCUCAGUGCCACUCCCAUCAGUGCCACUCCCCUCAGUGCCACCCUCAUCUGUGCCACCCUCAGUGCCACCCCCAUCAGUGCCAUUCCCCUCAGUGCCACCCCCAUCAGUGCCAGUGCCACCCUCAUCUGUGCCAUUCCCCUCAGUGCCACCCCCAUCAGUGCCACUCCCUCAGGGCCAUUCCCCUCAGUGCCACUCCCCUCAGUGCCACCCCCAUCAGUGCCACUCCCCUCAGUGCCACCCCCAUCAGUGCCACUCCCAUCAGUGCCACUCCCCUCAGUGCCACUCCCUCAGUGCCACCCCAUAAGUGCCACUCCCCUCAGUGCCACCCCCAUCAGUGCCACUCCCUCAGUGCCACAGUGCAGUGCACUCCCCUCAGUGCCACCCCCAUCAGUGCCACUCCCCUCAGUGCCACCCCCAUCAGUGCCACUCCCUCAGUGCCCAUCAGUGCCACUCCCCUCAGUGCACCCCCAUCAGUGCCACAGUCCCCUCAGUGCCACUCCCCUCAGUGCCACCCCCAUCAGUGCCACCCCCAUCAGUGCCACUCCCCUCAGUGCCACCUCCCAUCAGUGCCACUCCCCUCAGUGCCACCCCCAUCAGUGCCACUCCCCUCAGUGCCACGCCCAUCAGUGCCACUCCCCUCAGUGCCACUCCCCUCAGUGCCACCCCCCUCAGUGCCACCUCCAUCAGUGCCACUCCCCUCAGUGCCAUUCCCCUCAGUGCCACGGGGGAAUUAAC